UUCCACAUCAUGUUUGCAUUUGUUGGCUUUUCGGGUUUGUUUUGAUUUUUGUGGAUAAAAAGGAACAGAAAAUGGCUGAAACUCUAGCCGAGGAAAAGCCCAAGGAGAAGUCCAGGGCAAGCAGGCGCAAGGACAAGAAGGACAAAACCAACCAGGUCGUCAAGAUUGUGAUGCGGCAUUUGCCGCCGACCAUGACGGAGGCGCAGUUCCUGGAUCAGGUGGGUCCUCUGCCUGAGAACGACUCCUACUACUACUGCAAGGCGGACUGGUCGCUGGGCCAGGAGGCCACCUGUCGCGCCUACAUCGAUAUGUCCUCCAAGGACAUAGACGAGGUGCUGCAGUUCCGGGACCGCUUCGACGGCUACGUUUUCGUCGACCACAAGGGCGUCGAGUACAUGGCCAUCGUUGAGUACGCUCCCUUCCAGUGCUUCCUUAAGAACAAGGCUAGGAACGACGACAGCAAGGUGAACACCAUCGAGAGCGAAUCCCACUACCAGGAGUUCAUCAAGCGGCUGGCCCAAGAGCGCGAGGAGGCGAGUCGCGUGGGCGACGUCAAGAUCGACUUCAACUUCGAACGGCGAACAGAAGAGAAUGUCAAGUCUACACCCCUCCUGCAGUACCUGGCAAACAAGAAGGAGAAGCGCCGGGAGGAGGCGCGCAAGCGGAACGAGGAGAAGCGGAAACAUCGCGAGGAGCAGAAGCUGUUGCGACUGGCAGCGCAGUCGGACGUCAGCAAGCUUAAGGAGGCCGAAGGUGGCGGCGGAGGAGGGGACACGAAGAAGCCAACCAAAAAGGAUGGCAAAGAUCCGCAGUCAUCUGGAUCCCAAGCCAAUGAUGCCAAGGCCUCGCGUUCCAAGCGACGAACCGAGCGCGAUCAGAGGCGACGGGAGGAGCACGAACAGCGUAAGCUAGUCAAGCGGGAAAACAAAAAGGAUCAGGGCCAGGGCAAGCAGGACAAACAGGACAAACAGGACAAAGGCAAGCCAUCCAGCGGCAACCAGAACAAAAAUUCAAAAACCAUGGACAUCGUUAUCUUAAAGAAAGCAAACAAGUCAGAGUCAAACGAGAGUUUGGUCGUGCCAUCCACUUCUAAGGCUGCGGAGGCUUCCAAAGAAAAUCCUGGAACUGAAAACACCGAGACUACAGAAGAUGUAAAGGUUUUUACACCGGCGGCCAGAGGUGGUCGCAAGGAAAAAAGAAGCAGCGUAGACAAGCAGCCAGCAGGUUCCGCCCACGAAACUGCAGAGGAAGCCAUCAAGGCUGCCCAAUUUCGAGCUUCCGAGGAGCGGCGCAUUCGGAAUAAAGAUCGACCCUCGAUUGCCAUUUACCAGCCCAAAGCCCGCAUUCGUGCAUCAGAUGAGCUGCCCCAAGGUGCAGGCGGCAAAGAUGGCUCGGAUGGAGAGCCUUCCGUGGUGGAGGAGAAGACUUCCAAGAGGAACAAACGCCCCAACCGGCGCAACAAGCCCAAACCGAAGGAUGUGAAGGAGUGUGAGCUCGAAACUCGCCGCUUCUCCAAAUCCUCAGAGAGCAGCACCAGCGUCAAAUAGCAAUAACAGACUUUAUUGUUAAAUAAAUCGUGUACACAUGGCUGGAGCAGACCGGUCAGUAGAACUCGUCCUCCAUCUCCAUCUGUGUGCUCGACUUUUGAUUA